AUAAGCAGAAAAAAAAAUAGAUUAGAGGGUUAGGUUGUAAUCAGGGUUUCACAGGGGUAAGUUAUCAUUUUAAAUCUUGCUGAUUAGCAAAUGCCUGGGCCCUGAUAAAGGUAGGGAUCAAACCAACCACCUUUGCUACCCUGGGUCAAAAAUUUAUUUUGGAAUCCCAAUUUUUAAAAACAUUCCAGCUUUCUGGUCUAGGCCCGGGUGGUUACCAUCGAAAUGGGCAAGUUUAUGAAACCCGGGAAGGUGGUACUGGUCCUGGCCGGACGCUACUCCAGACGCAAAGCAGUCAUCGUCAAGAACAUUGAUGAUGGCACCUCGGCCCGCCCCUACAGCCAUGCUCUGGUGGCUGGAAUUGACCGCUACCCCCGCAAAGUGACAGCUGCCAUGGGUGAGAAGAAAAUUGCCAAGAGGUCAAAGAUCAAGUCUUUUGUGAAAGUUUACAACUACAAUCACCUCAUGCCCACAAGGUACUCUGUGGAUAUCCCCUUGGACAAAACUGUCGUCAACAAGGACGUCUUCAGAGACCCUGCUCUGAAACACAAAGCCAGACAGGAGGCCAAGGUCGAGUUCGAAGAGAGGUGCAAGACCGGCGAGAACAAAUGGUUCUUCCAGAAGCUGCGCUUUUAGAUCUUUCUUGUUUCAGUCAUUAAAAGUCCAAA